AAUGCAUUAGUAAAUAUUUACGUUUAGACACCCAAAAAAAAUUUAGUAAAGUUUUUGGAACCGGUGAUUCUAAAUUAAGAGUGUAUAGUACCUUAGUCAGAAACUUUAUCUAAAUUCCUCACACUUUGUAGUUUUAAGACAAAUUUUGCUUAUAUUCAAACCGGCAGUGCUUACUCCCUGCCUCGCGCGAACGUCUUGGAACACCGCUGUGAGUUCUGAGCUCGGCUGGCCCGAGGAGUGUCUGGAGGGGUCUUCCAGGACACGAUGGCCGAGGAGGAGGACUACAUCCAGAAGGCGCUGUUCCGGAUGCCGGGACCGCACUGCGACGACGCGGCGCUCAAGGUGUCCGUCGUGGGCUGCGGAGCCGUGGGCAGCGCCGUGGCUUACGCGCUCUGCAUCAAGAACGUCUGCACGGAGCUCGCCCUGUUCGACACGGACGCCCGGCGCCUGGAAGCCGAGCUGCUGGACCUGAGCCACGCCUCGGCGCUGCUCGCCACCUACGUAUACGGGGACUCGGACCCCGCGGUGACGGCGGGCUCCGAGCUGGUGGUCGUGGCCGCGGGCCGGCGGGGCGAGGAGGGGGAGCCACCGCUCCUCGGCAACAUGGCGCUGUUCUGCGACCUCAUCCCCGAGCUGGCGCGCCUCAGCCCGCGCGCCGUCUUCGUCGUCGUCACGGACCCGGUGGAGGUGAUGACGUUCGCCGCAGUGGCGUUCGGCGACCUGCCCGUGGAGCGCGUGGUAGGGCUGGGCACGGCGCUGGAGACCGCGCGCCUGCGCAGCGCCGUGGCAGCGCGGCUGGGGGUGCACCCGGCCAGCGUGCAGGCAUGCGUCUACGGCGUGCACCGCGACUGCCCGGUUGUGGACUGGGCCGGGGUGACGGUGGGCGGCGUGCCGUUCCUGGACAUGGACCCCUCCACCCAGCAGAGGCUGCAGGACGACCCCGCCUUCUCCCCGGCGGCGCUGGCCGACAGCUCGAAGGAGAUAGUGGAGAAGAAGGGCUGCAUCUCGUGGAGCGCGGCCCUGGGCGUCGUGGAGCUGUGCAGCGCCGUGCUGCGCAACACCAUGCAGAUCCUGCCGGUCACCACGCACGUGGAGGUGAAGCUGGGCGAGGAGUCGCUCCACACGUUCCUGAGCCUGCCGUGCGUGGUGGGCGGCCGCGGCGUGCUGGCCACCGCCAACCUGCAGACCUCGGCCGAGUCCAGGCAGCAGUUCUUCAGGGCGGCCCGGCGCGCCAACUUCAUCCAGGAGCACGCCAGGCAGAGCUUCUUCCGCACCGCCGCGACCGCUUCCCCGCAGCCCUCCACUCCGUGACGCCCGGCCGUAACCUUCCGUUUCUCUCGCCAACUGCCGAGCGUGCAACCGUCUUUCGUUCAAUAAAACCUUUCAAACACA